GGCGAUUAAUUCUUUUUCAAACUAUGAAAUUUAAUAAAAUAGUAAAACUAUUUGGAUUUUGUUCAAAGUUUCGUACAAAGCAAGAAGUUAAAGAUAAAUAGUUGGAAAUAAAUAGCGGUUAAAAGAUAGAUGUUAUAAAAGCAUGGGGAGCGUUUGGAUUUUCGAAUUACCAUCAUAGAGAUAAAUAAUAUGUGUAAUUUUAAGGUAUUAAAAGAUUUGAAAGAAUCUUUAGCAAAGCUUUGGUGGCGAACACUAAUAAUAGAUGUGCAUUUAAAUAUUAUAGAGGAAUGUUCGUUUGGAACAUACGCUGGACUGGGCAGUAAAUUUGUGCGUAUAUAGUGCAUACCCAGUAUCAAUUGUUUAUGCGUUUGACCGCAAUAUAAAUUCAAUGCAGAAUACCUUAGAUUGAAAAGUAUCCUCUAAUACAUCAACGCAAUUUGAAAUUGAUUAUUCGUUGCAUUGGACGCACUAACUGGUUCGAUGGUGUAUACCUGCCAUAUACGUUGUUUUGACACUUCUUACUGGCUAUAGUUUUUACAAGAUCCGGACAUGAAUACUUCUAUAUACUUCGUACCUGAACACUCUUAAGGCAUUCUGCAUGAUAUGAAUCUGAACGUUCCAAAGACAGUCGGGUUUAUGCACAAUGAUCGGACCCGUAUUUAUACCGUCGGACGACUGUCAUUCAGCACAAAAUAACAUCAUAGUCAAUAUACCACGGACUUUAUCCGAAAAUUUGGAAUUGAUCAAUUUUUAGGUCAUAUAAUUUAUUAGUGGUUUUAAUAAUAAGUAUGUAUUGAAGGAAUAUUCUCAUAAACAAUUUAUGGUAUAGUAUAAUGAUCAUUGCGAACCCAGCACCAGCUUUCACUUUCAUCCCAUUAACAUCAAUAAAAGUUAGAAGAACUAACUUGAAAAGUCGGUUAUAGAGAAAAAUAAGCUGCUAGUAAAGUGAUAUAUUUAUGUUCUUGUAUAUUUAGAGCAAAAUGCAGUGCCAUUCCCCAACGUCCUAUUUUUAUACAAUGUGGAAAAAUAUAAUCUAUAUUGGUUGCAUAUAUAUUGAGUUAUAUUUUGGCAUUUAAUUGUAAAUGUAUGGUGUAUAAUAUCUAUACAAAUUACAAAACAAUAGCACAAAGGUAUAAAAUGUUCACAUUUUAUAUAUGGGGCUAUGUAUGUACAUAAUUUUGAAUAUUGAUGUUUGUUUAAUGACAUAGUCCACUGCGUCCUUUUGCAUAUGUAUAUACAUAUAUUUUUCGGUGGUUUAAGUAUUUAUUGAUGUUUGAAGAUAAAUAUAUUUGGUAGAGCAUUAUUUCUAACUGAAAAUGCAAGUUUGAAUAAUAAUAAUUGAAAAUGUUUUUUAGUUUACAAACUUCAUUUAGCAGAUACGUUAUAAGCCUAUUAAACAAAGCUUUGGCACUACGUUGAAGUAAAACGUAACAAUCUAUGUUUUGCUUUAUAUUCGUUGUCAGUUUUGACAUUUUGCGUAGAAGUCAAUCGAUAAUUUUUCUGCUCGGUCGAUAUUUUCAUUUCUUUCUUGAGUCAAGAGACAAUAAAAAAGUGAUAGAAAAGGAAUUUUUCGGAAUAUUUUGCAAUAAUUAGUUUAAUUGCGUGAGGUCGUGAUAAUAAAGAACGUAAAUGAGUACAUUAAGCAAUAACGGAAGUUGAGGAGUGCAUGCAAGCAAACAAACGCUGAAGGUGGAGAAGGAGGAGCGGAGCAUACUGCGCGACAUUGAAGUUCCAUAACUGCUGCAACUGGCGCUGUCGCUGCGCUGCUGUUUGUGUGUCUAGACGAGGAGGAGCGACGAGGGAGCACAAGGAAGAGGGUGAUAGACAUUGGGAGACACGCACAGCCGCGGAGGCGACGAAAGGAGGCAUAGUAGUAGAAGCGGACAAUUGCGAUGUUAGCACAAGAAAUUAAUUUACUUUGGGAGUGUGCAACCAUUACGAUCAAACACAUUUCGCCACAUACCCGUAAAUUUGUGUGUUCACUGUGUACAUAUAGUAGGUAAACUAGUGUACAAUGGGAAAAACAUCUGGUAAUGAAGAGAGCUAAAAGAUGGUAUCAACUCUGGGCGCCACUGUCGCGUUUAUUCGCUCCCGCGACAAGUUUAAUUAAUGUAACUCGUGCUUUCGCAUUUGUUUAAUGCAUGACGUCCGUUCAUAUAUUUGUUUAAGACCACCCGAAAUUCUACGUUAUUUAAUUCAAUGAACAAAUUAUUAGAAAUGGCUCAGUGUCCGCAUGUUUAGAACGAAACAGUGCAUGAAACUGUCAUCACUGCAUAAAAUAAAACAAUUUUAACAACUUACUUGAAUUAAAGAUACUGUAAUAAUAAGAAAGCGACAUCUUACACAUUUUCGUUAUUAACAAUGAAUAGGCAACAUAUCUUUCGCCUUUAUAAGUGGCUAGUUAGCCCUAUUGCUUCCUAAAAUUUUAACUGGAUACAUCCUUUUGAAAUUAUCAAUUUCUUCACAUUCAAGCCAUUGUUUUAUCCUUAAAUUUCAGAAACUCGACGAGAUACUAGCGUAAGCCUAUACUGGUUAUGUAACUCAUAAAUUAUUGGCGAAAAAAUGUUUGGCUAUCUUAUUCAUAAUAUAAGCCCCAUAGGAAGUUUGGUUCUUCAUGUCCUUUCUAUACAUUUGUUACUUUUUUCUUGGAACAUAUUACUGUUCUGAUAUACAUAUAUAUAUAUCUAGUUUUAAAUCAAAACUGCUAUCUAAUCAUUUCUAAUGUUCCAAAGUAAUCACUCAUUAAUGGUGCUUUAUUUACAGUAUUUGAUUAGGCUUAAUUAUGUCAAUCAAUCCCAUUUUUCUUCGAUCUACUUCAAUUAGUCUAUAUUAAUAUGAGAUUUACAAACAAUUUAUUGGAAAGUGAAAGUUUUCUUUACCGUCCCUUCACUGCUAACGUAUAUUGCCGAUGGUCAUUGGUAUAUCGCUUGGACAUAGCUACAUGAGCUUACCUUUUGUGCACGUAGAAGAACCAAGUGACACAUAUGUUUACACUUUUUAUCGGCAUUAGCUUAUCAAUUGCUGUCUACGGUGGCAGCUUUGGUGUUCUUAUCACUUAUCAGCAUUACUUGAAUCUUAGCGAAAUGUGUUUGUCGUCGUGGUGGAAAUUCAAUUGUACCUCCAAAAAGAUAAAUUGAAAAAAUGUAAUGGUUAAGACGAAGUAUUAUCGCUAUUUCGACAUGGUCAGCACAAAUUUGGUGGUGCCGGUGGUACUUUGGGGCCCCUCAGCACCAACCCACUGCGUAUCCAGCGUAUUUCUAUCCGAUGAUCAAUCAACACUCGUCACCGGUUGCUACGAUGGUCAGAUCUGUUUGUGGCAAGUUGACCCGAUGACUAUGAAAAUGUCACCGCGCUGUCUGCUGGUUGGACACUCGGCACCAGUUUUGUGCCUCGUACGUGCCUCCAUACUGCCUGAAAACAAUUUUCUCGUCAGCUCUUCGGAAAAUGGAGAAAUGUGCACAUGGGAUCUCAUCGAUGGCAAAUGUAUGGAAUCGGUAAAGUUGACACAGGUGCACACACAAAUUCAAAGCUAUCACCCAGCCAACAGCGAAGAUGUGCGCCUCUUUUGCAUUGGCUACUACCCUGAGAUAAUCGUAAUGGACCCAUUUAGUUUGGAAAUAAUUUAUCAGCUCAGUUCAAAAGUAAAGCCCGACUGGAUUUCGGCACUACACGUUUUGCGUCCCAUGAAACGCAAGGACGAUGUCGUUUUGGCGAUCACUACCACUGGUACCGUGAAAGUUUGGACGCUUAUUGGUAACGAGAAUAAACAUGCUGAGCCGAUCUAUGAAAAUGAAUCGAAGGAAAUUCGUUGCUUAAAUGCCAUCACCAUGAAUUGUUGUGCACAAAAUCAACGCACAGUACUAAUUGUUUGCACCAAGUACUGGCAAAUCUAUGAUGCGGGAGAUUUUACAGUACUCUGUUCAGUCAUCGCACCGACACGCGAACGUUGGCAAGGUGGUGAUUUCAUCACUUCCGAUCGCGUCAUGCUGUGGACUGACGAGGGCAAAGGCUAUAUUUACAAGCUACCUGCCAAUUGUAUACCAGACAACAAAGAGUUCCAUGCCAAAUCAGUGGUACGUGAUGCCCCCUACUUAUAUUAUGUACUGCAGCAACCGGGCGAUAAAGUGUUGUCGUGUCCACCCGCAAUGAAAUUGCUGCGAUAUCAACGCGAAGAAGGCAAGAUGCAACACUAUUUGUUACGUGGAGAUUCAGAAGGCUAUAUCUCCGUAUGGACUGUUCCCGAGGUACCACUGGAUAACAUCUGCAUAUUGCAAGCGAAACAAAUGCCACCAAGAGUGCUUAAACCUACUGUCUGUACUUCGCUAGUAGAGGCCUGGUCUAUCAUGGAUCCACCGCCCGUUGGUAUACUCGAUCAACUAUCGCGUAUCACAGAAACGCCCGUCAAACUAACCUCAAGCAUUUACCUACCGCAGCAAAGUCGGUUGGUAAUUGGACGUGAAGAUGGCACCAUUGUUAUCGUGCCUGCCACCCAAACCGUUAUGAUGCAGCUGUUAAUAGGCAUCAAGCAAAACUUCAGCGAUUGGCCGUCACAUCAAAUUCUCUACGGCCAUCGCGGGCGUGUCAACUGCCUAUUGUGUCCUUCACUGGUGCAUCCACGCUACGAAAAGUCUCAUUUACUAUCAGGUGGGGUCGAUUUCGCCGUUUGUUUGUGGGACUUGUAUAGUGGCAGUUUGUUGCAUCGCUUCUGCGUGCAUGCCGGCGAGAUAACACAACUGCUGGUGCCUCCGGAGACUUGUAGUAACCGCAUACUGAAAUGUAUCUGUUCGGUUGCAUCAGAUCACUCGGUAACGCUAUUAAGCUUACAGGAACGCAAAUGUGUUACACUUGCGAGUCGUCAUCUGUUUCCGGUAAUAUCCAUAAAAUGGCGUCCACUGGACGAUUUUCUUAUCGUUGGUUGCUCAGACGGUUCUGUGUAUGUGUGGCAAAUGGAAACAGGUCACUUGGAUCGUGUGCUACAUGGUAUGCUGGCUGAAGAGGUGCUAUUGGCGUGCGACGAACAGUCUGCUGAAGAUGGUAGUGGUGGGCACAGUGGUGCAACCGCGGCCACUUCAGAAAUGGGAAUGGCCAAUCCGGCUGUACACUUUUUCCGCGGCAUAAAAUCCCGGAAUAUGAACGCCAUACGACAUGCAACUCAACGCGGCAUACAUCAGCUGCAGCAACUGCAAGGCCAUAACCAAGGUAACUUCGAUUUCCUAAUGAAACACCGCAGCAAUCCGCUUGUGAUUCAAGGUUUACGUACCAAUCCUAAAGAUGCAGAAAGUCAUAUAUUAUUUUUCGACAUUGAAGGACUAAUAUUUGAAUUGCAUAGCGAAGAGUAUGCACAAAUGACGCCCGCUGCCCUAGAGGCGCUGGGUGUGGUUCUAAGCAACCCGAAAGAUAAGGCGGUGCAUCUGGAUGCAUCCAAAAAAAUUAGCGAUUUCUUUGGGAAGGUGAAAAACAAAGCUGGCGAUAUGGAAAAAAUAUUGAAAGACAAGGAUAAACACGGACUAGUGCAGAAGUUCAAGGAGAAGACGGAGGCAAUGGAAAAGAAGGUGCAAGCGAAAGUCGAAAGUUUUCAAAAAGUCGUGGAGACGCAAGAUCAGCCUGAUGACUUGCGUAACAAAAUAGCUUCGAAAAUGGAGGUGACACACGUGAUGGAAGUGGCGCAAUUAUUGCUAUCACUUUUACACUCCUGGGGUCUCGAUCCACAUUUGGAUAAAGUGUGUGAAUCACAGUUGGGUCUGCUGCGUCCAAUUGUGCCAGUUUCGUUUGGCGUUCUUUCCAAGGCUGGUUACAUGUCGCUGCUGUUGCCCACAUGGCAGAACAACUACCAAAUACCCGACAAUAUACCACCCACGCCUAGUAGCUCGAAGAAACGCGAUAUUCCGCCUGAAUUACUGCGCCAAGAGCAGUUAACUGCUGUCUUUACAUCACGUUUACAUUGGGAGUUGAGCACAACAUUGACGUCAAACCACAUAUUGGCACUCGUGGCGAUGUCCAAUACUCUGAUGUCGAUGAACGCCGCAUCUUUUCUUCCCGAUAGCGAAAAGAGCAAGAAAUUGCAGCGAUUGGCUCAACGUACCGAAUCCACGCUGAGUAACGAAGAGGAGCGUGAGGAGCUCAUAGCACAUCACACAUCGCAAAUCAAACAGGGCUGGAGUUUAUUGUCCACACACCAUUGCUUCCUAUUGCCCGACAAGAUCGAGGCAUUAGAACCACGAAAAUUCAAACGGCCACAAGUUGAGGCGAUGGCCAAGCGUUGGCAACAUCAUUGCAUUGAGAUCCGCGAGGCGGCCCAACAGAUUCUACUUGGUGAAUUGACGCGCAUGGGUAAGAAGGGGCGCAAACAGCUGGUGGAUAGUUGGGCACAGUACUUACCGCUCUACACGCACACCGAACCCAUCGCACAGCCACAAGUGCUGGCGGCGGCACAGGGCAACAGUGGCAACGGCACGAAUGGUCAUAUCGGCACAGUUGACAAUCAGGACGAGGACUACGAGGAGGAGGAAGAGGAAAUCAUACGCAAGCCGUCCAGUUUGUCUGAAUUGAAACGCAAACAGACAACGGCUGUCAUAUUGUUGGGCGUAAUCGGCGCCGAAUUCGGACAGGACAUUUCACAAGAUUCACCACAGCGUGCAACUGCUGAAAGACGAAAAUCCUCGGUGGCUGAAGGUUUUGGCAUAGCCAAUAAUUUGGCCCGAUUAACGUCUAUGGCUUUAGCCCAUUUGCUUUACGCACCACCCUCACAAAAACUACCAAAGUACACGCCACUUCGACGUGCAGCAAUUGAUUUGCUUGGACGCGGCUUCACAGUAUGGGAACCAUAUUUAGAUGUAAGCAAAGUGCUGCUCGGUUUGUUGGAAAUCGCUUGCGCCGGCAAAUCGGUACCUAAUCUAAACUACAAACUACCAUUGACACCACAGGCGGAUGCGUGUCGUACCGCGCGACAUGCCCUUCGUCUGAUUGCGACUGCAAGGCCUGCCGCCUUCAUAACGACCAUGGCGCGCGAGGUGGCACGCUACAACACUAUGCAACAGAAUGCACAGUCCAUUAACCAACCAAUUACCCAGUCAGUGCUUUUUAAAGCCAAGGCGGAAAUAAUAUUGUGCGUUGAAAUGCUCAUUGAUAAAAUGCAAGCUGAAAUCGCCAGCCUACUUGUAGAGGUGAUGGACAUUACUCUGCACUGUGUGGACAAUAAUGAGUUGAAGGCGCGCGGCCUAGCCGAGGUAUGUCCCUCGAUAUGCAAAUUUAAUCAAAUAUCGCAUUGUGGUCAAACGCGACGUAUUGCCGUUGGCGCACACAACGGUCAUCUGGCAAUCUAUGAACUGCGUCAAAACAAGUGCCAGAUGAUACCAGCGCACACACAUCCCAUAACUUCGUUGGCUUUUUCGCCGGACGGCAAAUUCCUUGUUUCUUAUUCGUGCAGCGAAAACCGGCUAUCCUUCUGGCAGACGAGUACCGGCAUGUUCGGCUUAGGCAAUUCACAAACACGUUGCACUAAAGGCUACUCGACAGCACCCAUACCCGAUGUGUCGCGCUUAAAUCCGAUGCGUCUAGCCAAAUUGGUGUGGAUCAACAAUCGCACAGUCACGCUAAUGUUGGCCGACGGCUCGGAGACGCGAUUCAAUGUGUAGGUUGUGCGGCGUGGUUUGGGACGGAAUAGAAAACUUAAGGACGGCAGCGAUGCAGUCAAAGCUGUACGAGCAUCUAGGCAGUUAAUAUUUAGGGAUUUUGAUUUAAAGGCUUUUAAUAGGCGCACGAACGGCUGGGCGUAAGGGCGAACAGUUUGUCGUGGAGUAACGGGUAGAUACCAGUAUUUUUAAACAUCAGUUUUUUUUUUUGUUAUUCUAACUGUACGGCAAAGUCUAACUUAAUACGCUUAACGGUUCCUACAUUUGCUGCAAGCAAAACUGAAAGCGCUUAUAAAGUGUAUUUAGUUGUAAUAAUUUGCAAAAGAAAAACAGUUAUUGUUUACAAAAGUGAUUUUAAUUCUUUUUGUUAUUGUUUACUUAAUUUUAAUACAAAAAGGGCACUUUUGAAGUGCUAUUGUGAAUUUUUAUUUAUUUUUGUUUCCGAAAUCAAUUUUCAUAUCAAAUUUGACGUUUUGAUUUUAUGUUGCGCAUUUCGUCGUCGUUGUUGUUUCCCUGUAUUCAACUGCCAUCCGAAAGACACUGUUCGCCCAUGCGUGGAGGGUAUAUAACGUUUGUGUUGCAUAAAUUAUUAGUUGUAUUUAUGCGAGUAAUAGAGAGUUCUAACGGUGGUACGCACAUUUGCAAUGUACGUCCACACAUACAUACAUACCUGCAGCCAUGUUGGUCGCAUUGCAGUACUACAUAAAUGAAAAUUGUUAAACUAAACAACUGAUCAAUAUAAACAUUAAAUAUAUACGAAACUACACAAGUGCAAAUGCGAAAUGUAUUUAAAACACAAUUAACAAAAAUUAUGAAAAUUAUAAAAACAACUAAACUGCAUACAUACAUAGAAAAAAUUAAAAAAAAAAAAUGCGAUAUUAAAAAGUAAAAAAAGAGAGAACUACAAUAAAUAUGUAAAUGCUGUUAUUAAUAUUUGUUAAACUGUUAUUAUAUUAUAUUUACAAACAUACAUACAUAGUAACGAAGUUUAUUUUGCUCUUUUGUAAAAAUAAUUUCUAUGAAUUUACUGUGUUACUUUUGCAAAAAUAAGGGAAUAUAUAUAAAUAUAUACAUAUACUUGCAAACAUACAUACAUACAUACAUAUAUGUGAGGAAUUUUAUGUGGUGGCAUAUAACGAAAACACGGUAGAAACUAAAACAAUAAACUGUAAAACUACUACACUUGCAAUUAAAUUAAUUAUAAUGCAUACCUGUGCAUACAUACUUAUAUUUAUAUAUACUAUACAUAUAUAAAUUUAAAUUAAAUGUUUUAAUGGAUUGUAACCCCUUUUCUCCGCGUGUUUUUUUGGAGUUAUGUAGGCAUCGUGUAAACCAGCCGAUUGUAUUGUAUAUAUCCAAUCGAUUGCCUCCUCCAUAUCCAUAAUUGAAAAUUACAUUACUUACUACUAUCGAAAAAAUUUAUGAAAGAAAACUAUGUAUUAAAGAAAUUAAAUUAAAUUUAAUGAAAUUGUAUUGUGCUUACUUUUAAAUGUCCCUGAAUAAAAGUAUUAAUUAAUUAUACCGAUAAAAAAACGAA